GCUUGAGCUCCAAAAGCCUGGCAGCUCCUGGACCGUUGAAAACCGAGGGCCCAACAGCUCAGAGCCAGCGCAGGAUGCGAAGGGCCUGGCUGAGCCUUCAGAAACAGAUCAAAAGGUACAGCAAGCAGUGCCGCCGGCGCAAGAGAAGCAAGGUGCCGGCGCAGGCCCAAACACUUGGAGAAAAGCAACAGAGGCAGAGUUACGUGAGGUGCUCUUCGCGUCUCAAUUUGACGGCGAGUCUGGCAAUUGUUCCUAUGACUUCAAGCAUGCCUGUCUCGGGCGGCCAAGAGGUACCAGGCACAUGCUGGGCUCACAAAGAGACGUCCUUAAAGCGUCCCAGAUUUGGACCAAGGGAGGACGCAGCGACCAACACGCCUUGGAACCCUUGGACAAACUCUUGCGACACAUUGCCGUGACCCCGCCCUGCAUGUUGACCUUAGUGGGUGACAGCACGACCACCGACUUCUUCGUGGCCACCCUGCUGGGUGCCUUCCGCUUGGGUUGGCAGCGGACAUAUUGGUGCGGCCAAUUUGGCGCCAGCUACCUCCAUGGUGAAAAUCUCAGCGUGGAACUGAUCAAUGCCAACUGCAGCGGCUUCAGCAAGUACUUUACGCAGGUCUGGAUGCUCAAGGCUGCCCAUCCAGAGGUGGCAUUGCACCCAAAGUGCAAGCGACUUUCUUUGCUUCUUCACGUGCUGGACAGCACCACGGUACGGAUGCAGCAGCAGCGAGCGGAGCGCUUGCUGUGGGGAAGCACGUACCUCUUGUUGAAUUGGGGCCUUCGAAAGAACGAUAAGCCUCGGCUCAUCACUGCAUUCAACGAGGUGGUGAAACCCUUUUUAGACACGCGUCGUUUCGACAAACUCCUCUGGCGCACCACGUUGCCCCAACAUUUCGUCAGCCAUGAUGGCUCUGGCCUCUGGGCAGCCGCCAAAAAGGUGCGAAAGAAGGUGGAUUUUCGAGGUCAAUGGGCAUGUGGGCCUAUCACAAACGUGCCGGCCUCCAACUGGCGCAACAUCGAGUUUUCCAAGUGGCUGCGGAGUCAACUGGGCCCGGAGGAAGCCAGUCGACUACGGCAGGUGGACGCCAAUGAAUAUUUUGUGGAAAGAUAUGAUUUGCACACUGCACCUGACUGCACGCAUUAUUUAUAUUCCCCAUUUGCAUAUUUCCACCUGUGGGAUGCCUUCCGAGAAGCUUUGAAGAUUUGA